AUGGGUCGCAUCUCGGAGUACUUGGUCAUUGGUCGGCACCUGCCGACAGAGCGGGAGCCUGUCCCUACUCUGUACCGUAUGCGCAUCUUCGCGAAGAACGAGACGAUUGCCAAGUCGCGUUUCUGGUACUUUGUGCGUCAGCUGCGUAAGAUGAAGAAGGCCACGGGUGAGAUUGUGACGGUGAACAAGAUUGAGGAGAAGACCCCUACGAAGGUGAAGAACUUUGCUAUCUGGCUGCGUUACAACUCGCGCUCGGGCACGCACAACAUGUACAAGGAGUUCCGCGCACUCAGCCGUGCUGAGGCCGUGGAGCUGAUGUACCAGGACAUGGCUGCUCGCCACCGUGCUCGUUUCGGCAGUAUUCACAUCCUUAAGGUUGCUGAGGUCCAGAAGGUGUCAGACCUCCGUCGUCCGUAUGUCAAGCAGCUCACUGCCAAGGGACUGCGCUUCCCACUGCCACACCGCCGCACCAGCGGUGCGGGCAUCUACGCUGCCAAGCGCCCAGCUACGUUCUACUAA